AUGAUUCGAAAGAAACAAUCGAACAACCAAACCAGCACAAGCGACGGCGAGGCCAAACAACAACCAGACGAGCAGAAGCGGCCAGCAGAAGAAGACAAGGAAAAGGAAGACAUCAAACGACAUCCAGGCAGCAAGCAGAUAUCAAGGCAACGACCGUCGAUGCAAGUGUCCACCGCCAACGCUUCCGCCUCGCGGCAUGCCCCCGAUGGCCAGCCAUCCCCAGCCAACUCGGCCUCCGCAACGCCCACGAACAACUCGCCCUCCUCGCCGGGGCCGAUGAGCGCGCAGCCUCAGCUCCCCCAUCAGCCUCUCCAGGGCCAGUCGCGCCAGCUGCGGCCGCUCAAGACGCCUCUCUACGUCCCCGCGGCCCUGCGUCGAACCGAGAGGCCUCCAAAGCCCUCGCCUCUCACGCCGCCGCGUAGCGUCCACGGCUCUGUCGACGGCCAGGACGGGCAAGACGGCAGCAUCACGCCUACAGAAAACCUAUCUCGCCGGUCGACGGUCGACAGCACUCGCAGCGGCGUCAGCAGACUCGCCCAGGACGAGUGGCUGCGGGACCAGAAUCUUGGAGAGGUCACUGGCUCGCCUACUAGGGAGCACUGGAAGGUAGAUUCCCCCCUCCCCUUAUCUCAACAUACGUACCUUGAUAUACCGGGUACAAGAGCUGACUCGGCUUCUCCGUCCUGCGACUCUCCCGUGUGCAAAUCCUUCUUUGGCAUCUUUGUACGCCGCCAUCACUGCCGGCACUGCGGCCAUGUCUUUUGCUCCUCCCACACCCCCUACACCAUCCCACUCGACCAAAAUGCCAGAUUUCACCCGGAUGGCAUCCCCUCACGCAGCUGCGACCUUUGCUGGGCUGCCUACCGCCGCUGGGAGCAGGCUCGCACCGACCAGCUCAACCAGAUUCAGCACAACUUGAUCGCCAAUCUCAAUGCCCCCGAGCGUAGCCGGGGAUGGGCCAUAGAGGCUGACCGGCUAAGCAUUGCCGACCCAGACGCAGAUUCAGAUGAGAAUCAGGACGGUAUGAUUGCCACCAGUGUACCCAGGGACUGGAGCUGGAGCACCUUCUAA